GAGAGAGAGAGAGAGAGAGAGAGAGAGAGAGAGAGAGAGAGAGAUCUGUGCUUUGAUUUGACUGGAGAUCGAGGAUUGAGAAGUGAGAAUAUCGGAAUUCGGGGAAACAAAAACAAUAUAUUUCGUCUAAUCGUCUCUAUCCGUUUGUGGGAGAGUCAAAAAAGCGGAGACCACGCAGAAAGAGUUAGGAAGACAGCUUGGAUUUCUUUCUUUUGGUGAGAGAAGAUCUAGUGAGACGAGACUGAGAUCGAACGAAGCAGCUCUAUCUCUCACAGGCUUAGUCUGCAACUUUAAUGGCGGAUCGUCAAUCACCAGAAAAUUUUGCUUUGUCGGAGAAAAGUUUGGGGUUACUGGAUUAGGGUUUAUGGUUCGCGCCUUCUUCUUUUUAGCUUCAGUAUGAUUUGGACGAUCGGAGCAGAUCUAUAGGGUUCUGAGUUGGAUGAGGAGGUGGUUGGGGGAUGUUCGGGACGGAAUGGAUGGGGGGGACGAGAGUGGAAUAUGUUGAGACAUGAGGGUUCGGUAUAAGAGAAAUGGGGUGUGUGUUUGGAAGAGCGGUUUCGUCCGGGGUUGGUUCGGAGGUGAGGGAGAAGGAGAAGGAGAAGGAGGUUGAGCAGGAGAAGGAAAGGAACUUGUCUGUUCCAUCGGGGAGGAAAUUGCAGGUUACGGUGUCAAAGAUCGAGACCACUGAGGUUCAGAACGGGGAGAACCAGCAAGAGGAGAAGCAGGAUGGGAGUCACCGAUCACGUGGAGAAAGGAGAAGGUCGAAACCUAAUCCGAGACUCGGUAACCCACCUAAGCAUGUGCAUGGGGAGCAGGUCGCUGCUGGGUGGCCAUCUUGGCUCUCUGCUGUUGCUGGCGAGGCGAUUAAGGGUUGGACUCCUCGUCGGGCUGAUACCUUCGAAAAGCUGGAUAAGAUUGGGCAAGGAACUUAUAGCAACGUAUACAAAGCUAGAGAUAAUUUGACGGGGAAAAUUGUUGCACUAAAGAAGGUCAGGUUCGACAAUCUGGAGCCUGAAAGUGUGAAGUUUAUGGCUAGAGAAAUUCUAAUCCUUCGGCGACUUGAUCAUCCUAAUGUUGUGAAGUUGGAGGGUUUGGUGACAUCAAGGAUGUCCUGUAGUUUGUACCUUGUAUUUGAAUACAUGGACCAUGAUUUGGCUGGUCUCGCUGCAAGCCAAGGAAUCAAGUUCACAGAACCGCAGGUGAAAUGCUAUAUGCACCAGCUAUUGUCAGGACUUGAGCACUGUCACAACCGUGGUGUAUUACACCGUGACAUUAAAGGGUCCAAUCUCCUUAUUGACGAUGGAGGAGUACUUAAAAUAGCUGAUUUUGGGCUGGCAUCUUUCUUUGAUCCCAACCACAAGCACCCCAUGACUAGUCGGGUCGUCACACUGUGGUAUCGACCACCUGAACUUCUUCUAGGGGCUACUGAUUAUGGUGUAGGUGUGGAUCUCUGGAGUGCAGGCUGCAUUCUAGCUGAGCUGUUGGCUGGGAAGCCGAUCAUGCCAGGGCGUACAGAGGUCGAGCAACUGCACAAAAUUUUCAAGCUAUGUGGCUCUCCUUCUGACGAGUAUUGGAAAAAGUCAAAGUUGCCCCAUGCAACCAUAUUUAAGCCCCAACAACCAUACAAAAGAUGUAUAGCAGAGACUUUUAAGGACUUUCCACCAUCAUCUCUCCCUCUAAUUGAAACUCUUCUUGCAAUUGACCCGGCUGAACGGUUAACUGCCACGGAUGCAUUGCAGAGUGAGUUCUUCACAACCAAACCUUAUGCAUGUGACCCUUCAAGCCUUCCAAAAUAUCCUCCAAGCAAGGAGAUGGAUGCUAAACUGCGGGAUGAAGAAGCUAGAAGGUUGAGAGCUGCUGCCAAAGGCAAUGGUGAUGGUGUGAAGAAAACCCGUGCACGAGAUAGAGCUGUCAGAGCAUAUCCUGCUCCAGAAGCCAAUGCUGAGCUUCAAGCCAAUCUUGAUAGGCGGCGUCUCAUUUCGCAUGCAAAUGCUAAGAGCAAGAGUGAAAAGUUUCCUCCACCCCACCAGGAUGGUGCACUUGGUUUUCCCCUGGGUUCUUCAAAUCACAUUGAUUCUUCAUUUGAUCACCCUGAUGUUCCAUUCAGUUCCACGGUACUAUCAUAUCCCAAAGGGUCAAUACAGACUUGGUCUGGUCCAUUGAUGGAUCCUGCUGCUGUUGGUGCUCCAAGGCGUAAAAAGCAGAAUGCUAAUGAUGCUCGUGCCCCAAUUCACCCUUCAAAAACGCACAAAGAUAAGGGUGGUGUUCGCGUCAAAGGGUAGGAAGGCAUUGCAUAAAGAUGUCUGAAUGUCCAUGUGCUUAGAGUCUUGAUUCAUUUGUGCCGGUGUUGUUCCCAUGGAUGCUUGUACACUCCAAUACACAUGCCAUAAACGGGCCGGCAAAGCUAGUGAUGAAGAAAUUGUAUGGGGAGGGUAAUGCCUUUUUUUGCAUUUUUCCCAUUUUUCUGUUUUCUCUAUUCUUUUGGGGAGUGGGGAAUGGCUGGCAUUGUUACUAGGUCAAGAGGGUAAGCUUCCUUUAUUGUGUAUAUUUUUCAUUAUUUCAUACCUCGUGUUCAAAACAGAUUUACUGGACCUUCUGGUUAGGUUAGCAAAAAUCCAAUAAAUAUUUUUGGCUCAA